AUGAUUGUCCAAAACGUUCUCACGCUCGUCGCCUUUACGGCUCUCUCUCAACAAGCGCUAGCGUUCAACCCAUAUCGUUACGUCCUUCGGCACGCAGCAGAUAAGCGAGCUGUUCGGAUCGUAACAGAGUGGGAAACAAAACACGUCAUCGUACACCAAGGCGCAGUAACACCGGCAACGCAGGCCGUUGCUGACGGAUCCUCCGCCAAUGUGGCCCAGGCCACGUUGACGGCAUCUUAUGCUUCUGCUGUUGCCUUGUCGUCUUCCUCCACGUCGGCCGCAGCCGCGGCUACGCAAAACCCAUAUCGCAAUGGAACUAGCAGCGUUGGUGGCGCAAACAACAGCUCCAUGCCGUUUCCCUCGAAGCGAGGUCUGGCAUAUAACGACGUAUCCAUGGCCAAUCUUCUCGGCGCAUCUUGCCCUACCUGCAGCUGGGCAUACGACUGGGCUGCCUCAACAACUGGCCUCAGCUCCAAUCUCAACUACGUACCAAUGCUGUGGGGUGAUCAAUCGGAUCGCGCGAGCACAUGGGACUCGAAUGCAGAGAAGGCAAUCGCCAGUGGCUCCAAGGCCUUAUUCAGCUUCAACGAACCCGACCACACCGGUCAGGCCAACUUGUCUCCCCAACAAGCCGCUGCCAGCCACACCAAGUAUAUGAACAAGUACGCUGGAAGGAUUCUCAUUGGCGCUCCCGCCAUCACCAACAGCGGCAAUGCCAAUGAGGGCAUCCAGUGGCUCCAAAAUUUUGUGAGCGUUUGCAAUAGCCAGUCGGAGAAGUGCCACUACGACUUCUGCAAUGUUCAUUGGUACUCGGAGGCUGAGUAUGCCAGCACCCUUUUUGACCAUCUUGAGGCCGCAAACAAGGCUUGUGGUGGUAAGCCCAUUUGGCUGACUGAGUUUGCCCCUACCGCGGGUGACACCGAGGGUUUCUUGAGGAGCGUUGUCCCCAAGCUGGAUGCACUUGGGUACCUACAUGCCUACUCCUAUUUCAUGGUCAAAACUGGGAGCUUGAUGUCCAGCGCCAAUAGCAUUAGUUCUCUUGGCAAGCUCUACGCCAGCAUUUGA